AUGUCCAGCAAUGAACAAAACCAAGAAGUUCCAGAACAUCAACUCAAUGGAAAGAAACUUUCUGGCAACUCGUUGAAACGAUAUGACUCCUUAGACUUGGAAUCUAGCAAGGUCCCCGGAGCCAAAAAGGCAUUAGAAUGGACAGUGAUAUUGAAAUUGGCGUUUCAAAGCAUAGGAGUGGUGUAUGGAGAUAUUGGAACGUCACCAUUGUAUGUGUUUUCAUCUAUUUUUCCAAAUGGUGUAACAUACGACGAAGAUAUACUUGGUGCAUUGUCUCUUAUAUUUUACACUAUCACCUUGAUUCCUCUCAUCAAAUACGUCUUCAUUGUUCUUCGAGCUAAUGACAACGGAGAUGGAGGUACAUUUGCUUUAUAUUCAUUGAUAUGUAGAUAUUCAAAAGUGGGAUUAAUUCCGAGUCAACAACCAGAAGACAAAGAUGUGUCGACUUUUAAACUUGAUUUACCAGAUAGACGUACUCGUCGAGCUUCAAAGCUUAAGUCAAAUCUAGAAAGCAGCAAUUUUGCCAAGUUUGUUCUGCUAAUUGCUACAAUGCUUGGUACUUCCAUGGUUAUUGGGGAUGGUAUCCUCACUCCCUGCAUUUCAGUUUUGUCUGCUGUUGGAGGACUCAAAGAAGCAGCUCCAUCGCAGCUGACUGAAGGAAGACUUGUUUGGAUUGCAGUAGCCAUAUUAUUAUUGUUGUUUAUGUUUCAAAGAUUUGGAACUGAAAAAGUGGGCAACACUUUCGCGCCUAUACUUUGUUUGUGGUUCAUUUUCAUUGCUGGUAUUGGCCUUUACAACUUUGCCAAAUACGAUCCAACUGUAAUCAGAGCUCUUAAUCCUAAAUACAUUAUAGAUUACUUCAAGAGAAACAAAAAGAAUGCUUGGAUUUCACUUGGUGGGGUUGUUAUGUGCAUAACAGGAGGAGAAGCACUAUUUGCAGAUGUUGGUCAUUUUAGUGUUCGAUCUAUACAGAUAAGUAUGUGUUGUGUGACAUACCCCGCGCUCAUAUUGGCAUAUCUUGGUCAGGCCGCCUUUUUAAGAAAGAACAUUGAUGAUGUUUCUGAUACUUUCUACAAGUCCAUACCUAAUGGUUUAUAUUGGCCAGUAUUUGCAGUGGCAGUGUUAGCAGCCAUCAUUGCAAGUCAAGCCUUGAUUUCUGGAACUUUCGCUAUAAUCCAGCAAUCCCUGGCGUUAGGAUGCUUUCCUCAUGUUAAAAUCGUGCACACGUCUACAAAGUAUCAUGGACAAAUCUACAUUCCUGAAGUCAAUAACCUUCUCAUGUUAGCUUGUGUCAUUGUCACGCUUGCAUUCAGGACUACUGAAAAGCUAAGCAAUGCAUAUGGAAUAGCGGUGGUGUUUGUGAUGACUCUAACAUCGGGCUUCCUCGUGCUAGUUAUGAUCAUGAUUUGGAAAACUCACAUUCUUUUCGUAAUCAUGUAUGUUCUAAUCAUUGGCUCGAUUGAGCUCAUCUACCUAAGCUCGGUUCUUUACAAGUUCACUCAAGGCGGUUACCUUCCACUAGCUUUCGCUAUGUUCCUAAUGUUCAUCAUGUACGUAUGGAACUAUGUGUAUCGAAAGAAGUAUCAUUUCGAGCUAGAACACAAGAUCUCUCCCUUAAAAGUUAAAGAAACAGUGGAUGAAACAAAUUCCCAUCGUCUACCCGGACUUGCAAUUUUCUAUUCUGAACUUGUCCAUGGAAUUCCACCAAUCUUCAAACAUUACGUGGAGAAUGUGCCCGCGUUACACUCUGUUCUCGUGUUUGUUUCAGUUAAAUCACUUCCUAUAAGCAAAGUACCCGUAGAAGAAAGAUUCCUCUUCCGGAGGGUGAAGCCUAGUGAUCUCUAUGUGUUUCGAUGUGCAGUGAGAUACGGAUAUAAUGAUGUGCGCAAUGAGGAAGAGCCUUUCGAGAGAUUAUUAGUGGAGAGGCUGAAGGAAUUUAUACGAGACGAUUCCAUUCUUUCGAUGAAUGCAGCAAAGAGUAACAGAGUAUCAACAGAACAGAGUAUCAAUGUGGAAUUGGAGAGUGAUUGUGAAAUACAAGAGGUCGCGACGUGUUCAAUGGAGAGAGAUAUACAAGUGGUGGAGAGAGCUUAUAGUGUUGGGGUUGUUCAUUUAGUUGGAGAACAAGAUGUGAUUGCAAGCAAAGGAUCAAAUAUUGUGAAGAGAGUGGUAAUCGAUUAUGCUUUUAAUUUCUUGAAGAGAAAUUUGAGGCAAAGUAGCAAAAUUUUCGACAUACCUCAUAAACGUAUGUUGAAAGUAGGAAUGAUAUAUGAGAUUUAGCAAGUUAGUAGUAGUGUUUAGUUCAAAAUUUUAGUUGAAUUAAG